CCGCCGGGCCCCAGAGCCGCGUCCUUCCCCGCAGAGGCCAGCAUGAGCUAUGCGGAAAAGCCCGACGAGGUCACGCGGGAGGAGUGGAUGGAGAAGCUGGACGGCCUGCACGUGCAGCGCGCGGACAUGAACCGCCUCAUCAUGAACUACCUGGUCACAGAAGGCUUCAAGGAGGCGGCCGAGAAGUUCCGGAUGGAGUCUGGGAUCGAGCCCAGCGUGGACCUGGAGACCCUGGACGAGAGGAUCAAGAUCCGCGAGAUGAUCCUUAAAGGCCAGAUCCAGGAGGCCAUCGCGCUGGUCAACAGCCUGCACCCCGAGCUGCUGGACACCAACCGCUGCCUCUACUUCCGCCUGCAGCAACAGCAUCUGAUCGAGCUGAUCCGCCAGCGCGAGACCGAGGCGGCCCUGGAGUUCGCCCAGACGCAGCUGGCGGAGCAGGGCGAGGAGAGCCGCGAGUGCCUGACGGAGAUGGAGCGCACGCUGGCCCUGCUGGCCUUCGACAGCCCCGAGGACUCGCCCUUCGGGGACCUGCUCAACAUGAUGCAGCGGCAGAAG